AUGGAGGGACCGAAAACCCUGGGACCCUGUGGCCACGCCCACCCCCAGUGCUCCCAGCCCUCGACUUCGAGCAGCCACGGAGGCUGCCUGGAGCCGCCACCCUGCCAGGGGUUUGUGAGGUGGCCCUGCCUGGUGCCUCUCAGCUCCACCCACUCGGUGGAGUCUUCCGGAACCUUCCCAGCCCCGGGGGCAGCGGGCUGCGGGCCCAGCGUAGGCAGUGAAGGACCCGAGGGCUUUAUCGCCAGCGAAGAGGGAGAGAUGCAGAGACAGAGGCCCCGGGACCCGGCGGGGGCGAGGCCAGGACCGAUGGAGGCGGCAGGGCUGGAGUGGGGCUGGCCCCUGCACUCAGGAAGGGAGCAGGGCCCGUCCAGGCAGGGAGGACCCCCCAGCACGGGGCCCAGGCCCUUCCCGUGCCAGCACCUGUCCCCGGGGGCAGGGACCCCAGCCCCACCCAGGCCAGCCUCCCCCCAGCUCCAGAGCGGGCCCGGGGGGCCUGCGGAGCAGUCCUUCCUGCAGCUGGAGCAGGAGAACCAGAAGCUGAAAAGACAGAACCAGGACCUGCGAGAGCAGCUGGGGGCCCUGCUGGGACCAGAGCGGCACUUCCUGUCCCUGUGCCCGGAGCACUCGGGCUGCACGGCCCUGACCUGGCCCCGGGAGCAGGCCGGCGCCCGGCCCCUGGAGGACAGGGCACCGCUGCAGCUGCUGCGGCAGGAGCUGUGCCGGGGCGAGGAGUCCUUCGUGCAGCAGUCCCAGAACGAGCUGCAGCAGAUCCGGCUGUCCUUCGAGAGGAAGAAGAUGGCCAUCACCGAGGUGUGGGAUGGUGUGGCCGAGGUACACAUGGCCCUGAACAACCAGGCCACCGGGCUGCAGAACCUCAAGAAGGACAUCCGGGGCGUGCUAGACCAGAUGGAGGACAUCCAGCUGGAGAUUCUGGGGGACCGCGCCCAGUGCCGCACCCAGGCAAGGAAGGACCUGUGCUUAUCAAAGGUGCUGCCCCAGCUGGGAUGCUCCGAGGGCUUCCGAGGCCAGCUCUGGCUGCUGGCCCUGAGGCUGCUGCUGGGCGCCCUGCUGGCCUGCACCGCCGCCUACGUGUACGUGGUGGACCCCACGCCCUUCGAGGGGCUGGUGCCGCCCCUGCUGAGCCGCGCCGCCGUCUGGAAGCUCCGGGCCCUGCUGAGCCCCUUCCUGCGCCUUGAGGUGGACGACUUCCUGCCCUUCUAG